UUCAGCAGCUCACGGUGUCCUCUCCUCUUCACUGCACUGCUGCUGCAGGAGGAUAAAGUGAAGUUUUCAGCGGAAAAAAUCACCAAAAGCGAAGAUUUUAAAGCGGGAAUUUGUGGAUUUUCUGAGGAGAAAGUUGGAAGUUUGAAUCUCAUCAUGGGGUGAAAGUGCUGGCUGAGGAGGAGGAUGAUCCCGGGAUGAAGGAGCGUGUGUCCAAACUCAGAGGUAACUAUGGUGAAGGAGAGCGUGCCCAGCUGGCUCCAGCAGGACUCUGAUGACGGUCUGGUCCACGUCAAUGUCGGGGGUCUGAAGAGGAGUCUCUGCUCGAGCACGCUCAGAAAGUUCCCUGACACCCGACUGGGAAAACUGCUGGCCUGUGACUCAGAGGAAGAUAUUCUGAAGGUUUGCGAUGACUAUGACGUGCAGCAGAAGGAGUUUUAUUUUGACAGGAAUCCCGGCCUGUUUCCUUAUGUCCUCCAUUUUUACCAGACGGGGAAACUUCACAUCAUGGAGGAGCUCUGCGUCUUCUCCUUCAGCCAGGAGAUCGAGUACUGGGGCAUCAAUGAGUUCUUCCUGGACACUUGCUGUAGUUACCGUUACCAUGACCGUAAGCUGGAGAGCAGCCGCCAUCGCAGCUGGGACGACGAGAGUGAUGUGAGCAGCAUCGACAUGUCUGUGGACGAGAUAUCCGACUUAAACAGAGACAUGCAGCACUUCCAGGAGGUCCGGUACGGGAACAUCAGGAAGUGUCUGUGGCUGACUCUGGAGAACCCUGGCUACUCCAUCCCCAGCAAGCUCUUCAGCCUGGUUUCCAUCGGGGUGGUGCUCACAUCCAUCGCCACCAUGUGCAUCAACAGCAUCCCUGAGUAUCAGACGUUUGACAGCGAGGGGAAACUGGUGGAGGACUCGACCAUGCAGGCUCUGGAGGUCUUCUGUACCUGCUGGUUCACCUUUGAGGUGGUGACGCGGCUGCUGCUCGCUCCAAACAGGAGGAAGUUCUUCCACCACCCUCUGAACAUCAUUGACAUGGUCUCUGUGGUCCCCAUCUACAUCACACUGCUGUUUGACAUGACCCUGGGAUCAGAGUCUGAGCUGGGAGACCUGGGACGGCUCAUACAGGUGUUCAGGUUAAUGAGGAUCUUCCGGGUCCUGAAGUUGGCGCGACACUCGACAGGCCUGCGGUCUCUGGGAGCGACUCUGCGGCACAGUUACCGUGAAGUCGGCAUCCUGCUGCUCUACCUCGCUGUCGGAGUCUCCGUCUUCUCUGGGAUCGCCUACACCGCUGAAUAUGAAGAGGACGUGGGUCUGGACACCAUCCCGGCCUGCUGGUGGUGGGGGACAGUCAGCAUGACCACGGUAGGAUACGGGGACGUGGUACCUGUCACUGUGGUUGGGAAGCUGGCGGCCAGUGGCUGCAUUCUUGGCGGCACCCUGGUGGUGGCGCUGCCCAUCACCAUCAUCUUCAACAAGUUUUCCCACUUCUACAGACGACAGAAAGCUCUGGAAGCUUCUGUGAGGAACAACCACCGCAGGAAGCUGAGGAUAAGCUGCGAGGAGGAGCCGGAGGAGGAUGACGAUGAGGAUGAGGAGGAUGAAGAAGAAGAGGAGGGGUCGGACGCUGACAGCCGAUGUCUGGAUGACGACGAUACAGACGAUAUCGAUGAUGAAGAUGAGGAUGAUGAUGUGGACUAUGAGGAUGAUGGAGGAGUGAUUAACUACAGCUACGUGGAGCAUCCGUCCUACACCUCCAUCCCCAGGAGGGAGGAGCUGAAUAGGCUGUGACAGCUUAGAGAAAACUGAUCUGGGUUUUCAAAUCAGACUGAAAUCCUUGAGAGCUUGGACUGAGACAAAGGCAGACAGAUGUAGAACAAAGAUGGCCGACAUCCAAACGACUUGACCGUCUGAACAAAAGGACAUAAAGAAGGAGCUCUUUAAUCAGAUUCUUCUUCUACUAUAAAUGAAUGAAUGAGUCAACAUUUGAAGGUGAGCUCACCUUCAGGUCUUCCAGAAUGCUCUGACGUAGUUUGCUCAUAUUUAUUUGUGCAUGUUGGAUGUUUCAGGAGGACUUUAUUUCUCUCUGGUGUGUUUCUGUUAAAAUGAAGAUAAUUACACAUCCAGGCCUGCUGUACUGAAGGAAUGAUGUGGACUGAACUGAAAAAAGCAUGUACUUAAAUAAAUCAGCCAAAUA